UUUUAAGGAACGUUUUUGACUCCGCCCCCGUACACAACGAUUGGCUGAUUCGGUAUCUGGUGAGGUGCCGUGUCAAAACAUGAAGCUGUAAAUUUUAAUGGAUUUGUGGAGUGAUUCGGUUCGCGUGUGCGAUUAUUUUGGUGUUUCUCGGUCAAAAAGAUGCGCUGACACGUGUUCCAUGUCGCCUGAGACCAAACGAAGCAUCCCGCCACCCACAGAGACCAUCCAAACCAAGCCUUUUCCAAUCAGAGGGGAGCGCGCCAACUACGUGAACAGCCCCCAUGUGAUCGCCAUGGUGGGGCUGCCGGCCCGCGGCAAGACGUACAUCUCCAAGAAGCUGUCCCGCUACCUCAACUGGAUCGGCAUCAACACGCGAGUGUUCAACCUGGGGGAGUACCGGCGGCAGGUGACCACGGCCUACAAGAACCACGAGUUCUUCCGCCCGGACAACCACGAGGCGAUGGCCAUCCGGACGCAGUGCGCCAUCGACGCCAUGAAGGACGUGUGCAACUGGCUGGAGAACGGUGGCGGGGAGGUCGCUGUGUUUGAUGCCACUAAUUCGACCGCCGACCGCAGGCUCCUGAUCCACGACAUCGUCGUGAACCAGAUGGGGUUCAAGCUGUUCUUCGUGGAGUCGGUGUGCGACGACCCCCAGAUCAUCGAGCAGAACAUCAGGGAAGUGAAGAUCAACAGCCCCGACUACCAGAACAUGAACAAGGAGAUGGCUCUGCGGGACUUCCUGCAGCGGAUAGAGCACUACCAGGAGCGCUACGAGCCCCUGGACGAAAAGGCGGAGGCUCUUUUCAGCUUCAUGAAGAUCAUCAACACAGGCGAGAAGGUGGUCGUACACAAGCACGAGGGCCACAUUCAGAGCCGCAUCGUCUACUACCUGAUGAACAUCCACAUCAUUCCCCGGACUAUUUACGUGACGCGACACGGCGAGAGCGACCACAACCUGCAGGGGCGGAUCGGUGGGGACUCGGACCUGUCUGCGCGCGGGCGGCAGUACGCGGCCGCGCUGUCGCAGUACAUCCAGCAGCAGGAGAUCCCGGGGCUCCGCGUCUGGACUUCGUGGCUCAAGCGCACCAUCCAGACCGUGGCGGGCAUCCCCGCGCCCCAGGAGCGCUGGAAGGCGCUCAACGAGAUAGACGCGGGCAUCUGCGAAGAGAUGACGUACGAGGAGAUCGCGGAGAAGCACCCCGAGGACUUUGCGGCGCGCGACCAGAACAAGUUCACGUACAGGUACCCGCGGGGGGAGAGCUACGAGGACCUGGUGGCGCGGCUGGAGCCCGUCAUCAUGGAGCUGGAGCGGCAGGGCAACGUGCUGGUGGUGUGCCACCAGGCGGUGCUGCGCUGCCUGCUGGCCUACUUCCUCGACAAGUCCGCAGAUGAGCUGCCGUACCUGCAGGUGCCGCUGCACACCAUCAUCAAGCUCACGCCCGUGGCGUACGGCUGCAAGAUGGAGAUGGUGAAACUGCCCAUCGACGCCGUCAACACGCACAGAGCCAAGCCCAAGAUCUUCUCAAGGAACAAAGAGAGAGAUGGAGACAAGGUGCCUGGCUUCCUGGACGACAACUUCAAGCGGGAGAAGUGGAGUGAGCCGGACAUCAACCACACCGCCUCCUGACUGGCGGCGGUCGACAUCGGCGCCCGCUGAUCGCUCAUCACGGCUCCCUGGGAGGACUUGAUGGUUUGUGUUGUAUCGUGUCGCAGCAGUCGGAGGUGCGAGGCUUACCCUGCGGCUGGGUUCUUUUAUUACUGUAUGUUCGUGCACUGUGUUCUGUUCCACUUUGACUACGUGCGUCCCCCUGUGGUUGACGUCACAGCUCUGCAGGUGCUGCAGUUUUAAAGUUUUUCCAGGCGAGCUAGAAACAGUUGACGGAUAUCUGGACCGUGAAAAAAAAAAAAAAAAGUAUGCAUCUCCGUUGGUUAGCCAUUUUCAUUCCUGUGAAAAUAGUGUAUGAUAACCAUUAAUUCAUAGCCAGAUGCUUCAGUUAUUUUUUAGGAUGUAAUUAAAUGGUCCAGUCAAACCACAAUGAGUCAUGUGUUUUACGAUGGCUCCUUGCAAAUGUCUCUCUCAUGUUCUAAAAUUUUGGGUGAAUUCAGGCUAAAGAAAAGACUGCUUUAUUCAUGCCAUGUGAUUUUUCACAAACUUCCUUCCAGUAGGUAAGCAUGCAAGUGAGUAUGUUGGGCAGUAUCAUUAUAACAAAACAUGUUGAUAAAGUUCCGCUGUACUGAAUAACUGAAACAUCCUGAGUGUACUCAUGACAUAGCCUGUGUAGAAAAUUGUCUUAGUAUAAAUGCUGAAGCUUCUGGUUAUGUUGUAUCAAUAUUUUAGCUACACUAUGUGUACGUGAAACUUGAGUUAAAUUAAGUUAACAAUCGUGUAUUCAUACUGUAGCCAGUAUUUUACUAGAAACAACCUGUCCACCGAGUUGCAUCGCACAGACUAUUUGUAUGUACAAGAUUAGACAAUGAAUUGCAAUAAAACCAAAAUAGCAUCGAAAAGCAUGCCAAUGCAUCAUAUAACACCAAAAUGGUUAUUACACCUAAAGGGCAGAAAUGCAAAUAAUCAAUAAUGAAUAAUUUCAAGCAAAAUUAAUUCAAAUCACAAAAAAAAAUAUUUUAAAGUUUUAAAUUUAAUGACUUAUGUAACCAGCUUGAAGUUUGUACCAAAAAGUAUUAUGUAAAUAUAUUGGAAAAAAAAAUUAAUUUUACUUUGUUUGAGCUAGCAUCACUACUCAUUAUUUUCAUUCCUUAUAUUCUUACAUUUUCAAAACUCAGAAGCACUAGUAGAUUAAUUUUUAUUCCGAAUAGUUCUUCUCUAGACAUACAUGAUGUACAUUUCCAUAACAUAUACAGUAGAACCCGUUUAUAGUGAACCCGCCUAUAAUGAAUUCCCGUUUAUUGUGAAUUUCCGUCUCGGUCCCGGCAAAAUGAUGUGAGGUUAUGUAUUAAUUUAUUGGAUAUAGCGCACAACUUUUGUCAAUGUUGAUACGUUUUCCCGUGUACCACGAACAAAUUUUGCCGACAUAAUGCACAUUUAUCUCAAAUAUUUUCAUAUAAUUAAAAGUAUUUUCACAAAACGUCUAUUCUGGAUCACAUUAACGUUUUUCUCCGCAAUAUGCUACUCGAUUGUCCACUGUUCAUAAUAUAAACAAGUCGUAAUCGAGUGGCCUCGGUAGGCUACGUGUAGCCAGAAAUGGUGCUCAGUUUGGUGAAAAUAAAAAUAGUUCUCCCUGCAUAGUUAAAGAAUGGGCGAACGCGUGUACAUUUAAUAAGUUAUCAAAAUUGAACAUAAAUUACCGCCACACAAA